AUGGGAAUUACUUGUUCAAAUUAACAGAAUAAAAAUUUAAACUUUAAAGAUAGUCAUCGGUGUAGUGUUGAAUAAAUUGAACCAUUAAAUUAAAAAAAUAAAAAUCAAUAUGCCAAUUAAGAACACGAAUGUACAAUUUGGAAUUACCAUUAAAAAAGAUGGUGUUUGGAAAAAUUCCAAAUAUUUCUUACACAACAAUAAGAAGCUAAAUACAUCUUUAAAGGAUAAAUACUUAGAAUGUAAAUAAUUUAAUUAAAAAAUAGAGAAUAAUUAAAUGAUAGUUUUAUGAGACCAUAAGUAUUAACUAAUUUGGAAUAAAUAUAAUAUCUUUAAUGGUGUGGAAACUUUGGUAAAAUGAAUCUUCAAAAGUUUGGAAAAUGGACUGCUAACUGGAGAGGGAAAAAAAUGCUGAAUGUUGGUGGAUAUUACUCUGAGGAUGGGUCUAAGCAAGGUAUAUGGAAAGAAAUUACGAAGAAUUAUUGCAGGUAAUAUUUUUAUCUCCCAUUUUAGCCUUUGCAAGAUAUAUGAAAUUGGAGUAUAUAAAAAUAAUUAAAAAAUUGGAUUAUGGAAUUAUGUCUAUAAGAAUAAAAAAAUGUAUUUUAUUUAGAGAAACUUAGUGGUGGUGGAUUCUUCAAUUCUUUAUCUUAGAAGAAUGGUAAAUGGAUAGAGCUUAGUGAAGGAUUUCAUAUAAAUGAAUAAAUAACUUUUAGUUGUGAAUAUAAAAAUGGACAAAGGGUAGGAAUUUAUGAAAUUUGGAGUGGAGAUUAUAUGAAAAGCAAUAAUAAAUAGAUGUAAAUUUAUAUUGUUUAAUUAUACAAAAUAAUAUGUAUUUAGUGGUGGUGGAUUAUAUCUUGUAAGAGAUUAUUAGAUUAAGUCUGGAUUUUGGGUAGAAAUAUCUGAAGGGCUCAAUACUAAUUCUAAAGUUACUUAUCAUGGAGAAUAUAAAAAUGGUAAAAGGUUUGGUCGAUGGGAUAUUAUGUAUUAAAAUGAAAAGAUGUAAGAUAAAUAAAAUAACCUUUGUUUGUUAGUGGUGGAGGAUGGUAUGAUGAAAAUUGUGAUGGGAUUUAGUAGGGUAAUUGGGUCGAAAUAUGGAAUGGAUUCAAUCAUAGUUCUUAAGUAACGUAUCAUGGAUAAUAUAAAAACGGGAAAAAAAUAGGUUAAUGGGAUAUUAUGUAUUAAAGUGAAAAGAUGUAAGAUAGAUAAUAUAACUUUUGUUUAUUAGCGGUGGAGGAUGGUAUGAUGAAAAUUUUGAUGGGAUUUAGUAGGGUAAUUGGGUUGAAAUAUGGAAUGGAUUCAAUCAUAUUUCUUAAGUUACAUAUAAUGGAUAAUAUGAAAAUGGGAAAAAAAUAGGUUAAUGGGAUAUUAAGUAAAAGAAGACUAUAAGAAAAUUUUAAAAGGUUUUACAUUUCAGGAGGUAUAAAAACUAAUUGAUUGUUUGAGUUUAUUAGUAAUGGGUAAGAUAAUGUAAGAAAUGAUGGGAUUAUAUUGGAAAAUUAGGGAGAUAUAUUGGAUGGAUUUAAUUAGGAUUCUUAAGAGAAUACACAAAAUCAGAAAAAUACAUAAGUCGAUCAAUGGGUUUUUAGAAAUUAGAUUGUUGAACAGAUAGUAAAUAAAACAAUGUAAUAAUAUAUGUUAUAUGAAUUUUUGUAGUGGUGGUGGAUCUUAUGGUAAUGGAGUAAAAAUGGGUUAUUGGUUAGAUUUAUGGGAUGGAUAUAAUUGGUUUUCUGAAGUAACUUAUUAUGGAUAAUAUAACUCUGGAAAAAAGGUUGGUAGAUGGAAUAUUUUGUAUUAGAAUAAAGUAGAUGGGAUACAUGACUUAAAAAUGUAAAAAUAUUAUAUAGCUUCUAUAUAAUGUGCUAAUUAGUGGUGGUGGAUAAUUUAAUGAGACAAAUGGCAGUAUUAAGUUUGGUAUUUGGGAGGAAAUAUUUGAGGGAUUUAAUGAAGAUUCUCCAUUUAUUUAUUAUGGGGAAUAUAGAAAUGGGAUAAAGUAUGGUAGAUGGGACAUUUUUAAAAUAAACGAUCAGAAUACAUUUGAAUUAAAGUAUUAAAUAAAGUUGAUAUUAUUUAGAAGUUCUGUCACUUUUGAUGAUAAAGGUAUUUAGAUAUCUUAGAGAGAUUAGUAUAAAAUUCAAUUUAAUAAUAUUAGUUAAAAUAUCUAAUUUAGAGGAAAAAAUUUAUUUGGUAAUAAAAUAGGUAGAUGGGAUAUUAUGUAAGGAAAUGAAAAAUUGUAAUGAAU